AAUGAAGCUCGCACUCCUGCUUUGACCCAAGUUUCUCCUGUGAGGACGGCUGACCGAGAGGCUUCUUCCACCUGAGGAGAAGAGAGAUGAAAGUUUGGCUCUUCGUCACCUUGUGUUUCUCCACGUGUCUGCUCACGAUUGAAGGACGGCAUCCAACCUGUAACUUUCUGUUGGAAGUGGAGAGAGACCGGGCGGAGUGUCUGAGGAGGCUGAGGGAGGAGGAGGCCGCCAGCAGCCACAAAGAGUCAGGAUGCAGCGGAGCGUGGGACAGCAUUGCAUGCUGGGGGCGAGCUGAGAUCGGCGAGAUCGUCACCAUCUCCUGUCCGCGAGUCCUCAAGACUUUGUUUGGCAGAAAUGGUAACAUUAGCAGGAACUGCACGUCAGCCGGAUGGUCGGAUGUCUUCCCAAACAUCAACAGCGUGUGUGGGUCGGACCCCAACCAGGACAAGCUGGUCUUCUACGUGGUCGUGCAGACGCUGUACACUCUGGGUCACAGUCUGUCCCUGAUCGCCCUCACCACAGGCAGCGCCAUCCUCUGUCUGUUCCGGAAGCUCCACUGCACCAGGAACUACAUCCACCUCAACCUCUUCUUCUCCUUCAUCCUGAGAGCCGUGGCCGUGUUGGUGAAGGACGACAUCCUCUUCAACCGGAACUCGCCGUGCUCCAACCAGCCGUCGCUGGUGGGAUGUAAAGCCAGCCUGGUGUUCUUCCAGUACUUCAUCAUGGCCAACUUCUUCUGGCUGCUGGUGGAGGGUCUGUACCUCCACAUGCUGCUUGUCGUCAUCUUCUCCGAGAACAGACACUUUGUCGUCUACAUGUUCAUCGGCUGGGGAAUCCCCACCGUGGUCGUCUCUGCGUGGGUGAUGACGAGGAUUUAUCUGGAGGACACGGGAUGCUGGGAGACAAAUGACAACCGCAUACCCAACUGGGUGAUCAAUGGACCAAUCGGAUUCUCUAUCAUGGUGAACUUCAUCCUGUUCAUUAGCAUCAUUCGGAUCUUGGUUCAGAAGCUGAGGUGUCCUGACGUGGGUGGCAACGACCAAUCGCAGUACAGGAGGUUGGCCAAAUCCACUCUCCUGCUGAUCCCCCUGUUCGGGAUCCACUACGUGGUCUUCGUUUGCUUCAGUGAAUCCAUCGCAGAAGUUUAUAAAAUAUUCUUUGACUUGGCCAUCGGGUCCUUUCAGGGUCUGGUGGUGGCCAUCCUGUACUGCUUCCUAAACAGCGAGGUUCAAGGUGAACUAAAGAGAAAGUGGCACAGUAUGUGUCUGAACUGCCGCCUGAGCCGAGAUCACCACUUCAACAACACCUUCGCCUCCAGGAACGGUUCAGAGCACAUGGUGCAGUUUCACCGCAACUCCCGAACCCAGUCCAUCCUGCAGUCAGAGACCACGGUGCUGUGAGGACCCGAGGCACCAUUUUAACAAACAAAUACAGUCUCCAGGUUGACCUGGGUCGAAUACAUUUUUUAAAAAAACACACAUUUACCACAAACCUGAGGUGAAGUACCACAUGGGUGGGACCUGAACAGAACAGAUUUGGUUUUAGCUUUACAAAUCUCCUCAAGCCUUCAGCUCGUACCUGAAGUGCACCUGAGAGGUUCUGAUCCAUCCUGUGAGGGUGUGCUUGAGUUUGCUGCCAACAAAGAACCGUGUUUAUUCAGUGUUUUUGUGUCAUGCGUCUCGCUGACACAAGAAAAAAAACCUGGUCUUUCAGGCAAUCUUGGCAAAUGGGCAACCUCAUGUUGUGCAUGCAGAGAGGCUGUAUUUGGUAGCUGUGUCUGAAACAGCCAGCGGCCGUGCUGAUACAGCGGAUUGUGAGCUGUGGUAAACGCAGAGACCUCAGUGCCCCGGUCACUCUUCCUCCGGAGUCGCUCUUCGCUGUGUCGAGGGGAAGUGAGCAGUCCGGGUGUCUGCAGGGCAGGCCGACGCCACAAGCAGCACAGCGCAAACCCUGGCUUGAAGAAGCGUCACGUUGGUUCCUUCCCGUCCAUCGAUGUGCAGGCUCGAUGUGUGUGCCCUGCAGACGAUCAGCCCGUCCACUCAGCCCACCUCUGAAACACAUCUGCUACAGCCAGAGAGGUUAGUCCGAUUUCUGCAGCUCGCAAUCCGCCUUAUCAACAGCGGCUGUGCGAUUUAUAACACGACCAGGAAAAGACAAACACCAACACAACCAGAGAAUCCAGCCUCUGUGCUUUACUCGAACUGUUAACUGCUGAGUUAAUGUUUCCCAUUACUCGACAGUCUGAUGAACAGUGAUGUUAACUUCAUCGUGGUUUCAUCUGGACGUGCAUUACGCAGGCCGUCCUCCCAAAGACCAAAUCCCAAACGACACGUUUGCGCUCAAAAAACAAAGCUUGUAGUGGUCAGCGGGAUUCAGACUCGUCUUGUCAGGAGCAAAGGGUGAAACAGCGUAGCCUUGUCAGGCACAAAGUUGUCAGCCCAGCCAAGUAGUUCUUGUGCCUAAGCCAGACCAAACCUUAACCACAUCUGUGUCAGAUCAGAGAACAAUUGCAUUGUCGAGACACGGCUUUGGGAGGUGGUGACAAACGAUGCUGUCGAUCUGCCACGCCACAAACAUUUUCAUUGUCUAAUUUCAAAGACUUGUUGAGGCACAAAGAUGGAUAAUUUGUACUUUUAAAGACUGUUUCUUUGGCUUCACUCACCAAGGGUUCGCUCAGCCGAGCAGCAGGAAAGCAGACCUGCUACCCAGUACAUGCAUGAAGCUACCUAGUGACGCACUUUGUGGUCCGUGGCAGCCACACCCACCCAUCUGAUACUUGAAACUCAUAAAAAAAUCCCUGCUAAGAAAGAUUCACGAAUGCAUUUUGACCCAGGUCAGCACCUGAGCCAUGGUUGUCCGGUCUGCUGGUGAAAACACUGGUGAACAGCGUUGUUUUGUACUGACCCUUCUGACGAACUGCACCAUUUUUAAUGUACAUUCAAUGAACUGCUGUCAUCGAGAAGUGCUGUGCAUGCUCCAAACCCUUUACCUGUGCUACGAUGGUGCCGACACUGUGCUGUUACAACGAGAUGCAGGUGCUCAGACUGAAGAUGUCAUGUAAUUAAAAGGGAAUCACAACGAGUGCGUCCACCAGGAACUUCUGAUUGGACUGGCGACGUAAAACCGCUUGAACCUUGAUGUGUUAACACGCCAUGGGAUGCAUUUCACUGAUGUGCAGUUUGAACGGGUUUCAGCAGGAAGCCAGUGAGGGAUGACGUGCCACGACGAUGUGUGCGAUUUGUUUAGAAACACCACACACGAACAAAUUCACCAAAUCAGAGUCUGUUCAUUCACUGCUGCUGGAUUUCCAUCCACUCCCACCUGCUCGUGAAUCCGUUUUGAUCACUCCCGCCCACCGUGCUGUUUUCUCAUAUAAAUCCUCUGUGGCUCAUCCCACGGGAGAAAAUAAGACUCAUGUAACCAUCCAGGGAUGUUUUUAGUCUUUAGAAGACCGAAUAUUCAAGAGUUGGUUCACCGAGUCAAAUCGAAAAGGCUUGAAGUGAAAACAAAUGAUGCUAAAAGGCGUUGAGCUCGAUGAAACAUCAGGAAUAACAAAGUAGAUGUCAGCAGCGUUUAAAGAUCAAUCUGCCCCAUUCACAGUGUGUGAACACUGUGAAAUGUCAUUUCAUGUUGAAGUCCCUCUCCAGUCGGAAAUAUUCUUUAUGUUCCCGCAGCUGGAUGUUUGACAGAGUGAUGGGUGUGCAGGGUGGAGCUUAAACCACAAGUGGGUGGUGCUUAAUCCUGAAGUGGGCGGGGUUAUAUAAUUAAUUUAAGCCUGACAUUAUGUGAGAAGAGUUGAUCAGAAAUUGCUGUAUUUAAUCAACGUUUUUGAUCACAAGAGUAAGAAAACCAGUGAAACCCUGUGAGGAGUUGCAUUUUACUCGGCUGAUAGAUAAUCUGUUCCGGAUACUCGCUUCAUCAAACAGUCGCUCAGUCCUUGUGUGCAGGUGGCAAGAAACUGGAAACUCAAUCUGUUCUACCAAAUAUGUGCACCUGCAGUAAGCGAGUUUCACAAAGCUUAAGCACAACGUCAGUGUGAGAGCUCUGACAUUAAAGAGCAGCUUCACACACCUGGAAGUCUUCUUCUCCUGCAGUGAUGUAGAAAUGCACUCCAGGGCGUGUGAGUACACCGUGACAUCAGCGGUGGGUGUGGUCACAGGUGCAGUCUGCGUCCCCUGAGAGUCGCCGGUGGAAGCAGAAGCUCCAGGGGGACGCGGGGAAAAGAAAAUGACGACUUCGCUAAUCAAUAUAUUGGUUUUAGUGUUACGCCGCAGUUGCAUGAUAUUCUCAGUGUUUUUGCCUUUUUCCAUUGCUGUUGGCUGUCAACGUGUUUAUUGUAGAAUCUAACGUGAAUUUUGUCAGUGGACAAAACUUGCUUUGUGCAGCACGCAGUGUUUGUCUUCUACGUGUUGUAUUUAACUGACGCCACAGGACAAAAGAUUCUGGUGACGCUUGACUUAAGGCAUACAGGAAAAGAGUUUCACAUCACUGAUUAUCACUCAGUCACUAUCUAUAAAACAGUCGUCCCACCACACACACACGUUUUGCCCACAUUCACUGCAGUAUGAAGCAAACAUGGGAGCCCCGCAGGCUCCUGUAGGAACAUGACGGUGCAACAUGGCGGCUCCUUCAAUUCACACACACACUGGAGCUUUAAACGACGGCUUAUUGAUUUUCAGUCGAUCCACUGAUGAGUUAAUCGUCUCCUUCAGCUCUAAAUUCUGAUCUUCCCUUUCAGACGUGUCAAAGCAAUCAGACAAACUAGAAGGUUUCGAUGGCCGCCGCGCACACGUCACACAUUAUAAUGGGCUGCAGCUGUAUGCCUUAAGGAAGGUGCUACCAAAUACGCUACAAACACAAUGUCACCACGAGUCUGCACAGCGCGCGCACACACACACACACACACACACACACACACACACACACACACACAGCGUCGGUUUGUCGAGUCAUUCCAUAUUUACUGUUGGCUUCAUCCAGCACAUGUACCUGUACAGAGACAUCGUGAAUGUCAUGCAGACGAUGAUUGAUAAAGGCUCUGUUUGUAAGCACUGCACUGUGUGGGCGCAACUCAUUUCCAUCCUCGUUUGUUUGCUUCCUCACACUCU